AUGACUAAAUUUGAACGGCAUUUUGAUUAUGUAAAAAUUAGUUUAGCUUCACCGGAUAAAAUAAGGCAAUGGGGAGAAAGAAUAUUACCUAAUGGACAAAUAGUAGGUGAAGUUACUAAACCUGAAACAAUUAAUUAUAGAACUUUAAAACCAGAAAUGGACGGUCUUUUUUGUGAGCGUAUUUUUGGUCCUGUUAAAGAUUGGGAAUGUCAUUGUGGUAAAUAUAAGAGAUUUAGAUAUAAAGGUGUUGUAUGUGAAAGAUGUGGCGUUGAAGUAACAGAAUCUAAAGUUAGACGGCAUAGAAUGGGUUAUAUCGAACUCUCUGCACCGGUUACUCAUGUUUGGUAUCUAAAAGGUAGUACUAGUUAUAUUGCAUUAGCACUAGAUCUAGCUGUUAAAGAAGUUGAAAAAAUAGUCUAUUUUCAUUCAUAUGUCGUUACUAACCCAGGAAACUAUAAUAAAUUAUAUUAUAAGCAGUUAUUAGAAGGGUAUGAAUGGAGGGCUUUAGAAGAUAAAUUAUAUCCUAAAUCCUCUAAUUUAUUUGGUCUUGAAGUUAGUAUGGGAGCUGAAGCAAUUUAUAAAUUGUUAAAAGAUAUGGAUCUUACAACAACUGUCGAAAUAUUAAGAGAAGAAGCACUUAAACCUCCAAAAAUAUCUAAGAAUCCAUCUCCUAGAUUUAAUAAGAAAAUGAAGAGGUUACGUUUACUUGAAAAUUUUAUAUCGACAGGUGUUGAACCUUCAUGGAUGGUGUUUUCUGUCAUACCUGUUAUACCUCCAGAUCUUAGACCUAUGGUACAAUUAGAUGGUGGUAGAUUUGCAACAGCUGAUUUAAAUGAAUUUUAUCGUAGAAUUAUUAAUAGAAAUAAUCGUCUGGCUAGAUUAAAAGCUAUACUUGCACCAGAAAUAAUUAUUAGAAAUGAAAAAAGGAUGUUGCAAGAGGCUGUAGAUUCAUUGAUGGACAAUGGAAGACGUGGAAGAACAGUUGUUGGCGCACAUAAUCGACCUUUAAAAUCUUUGUCAGAUAUUAUUGAAGGCAAGCAAGGACGAUUUAGACAAAAUUUAUUAGGUAAACGUGUAGAUUAUUCAGGCAGAUCUGUUAUAGUUGUUGGACCCAAUUUAAAAUUACAUCAAUGUGGUUUACCAAGAGAAAUGGCAUUAGAGCUAUUUCAACCUUUUGUAAUACAUCGUUUGAUUUUACAGGGUUUAGUCAAUAAUAUUAAAGCUGCUAAAAAAAUAAUUCAACGAAGUGAACCAGUUGUGUGGAAUGUUUUAAAAGAAGUGAUUCAUGGACAUCCUGUUUUACUAAAUAGAGCACCUACUUUACAUCGUUUAGGAAUUCAAGCUUUUGAGCCAAUUCUUGUAGAAGGUAGGGCAAUUAAGCUACAUCCUCUUGUUUGUCCAGCAUUUAAUGCAGAUUUUGAUGGUGAUCAAAUGGCUGUACAUAUUCCUUUAUCUUUAGAAGCACAAGCAGAAGCACGUUUGUUAAUGUUAGCACCACAUAAUUUUUUAUCUCCAGCAACAGGCCAACCUAUUUUAAUGCCGAGUCAAGAUAUGGUAUUGGGUUGCUACUACUUAACUGCUAAUAAUCCAGCUUCUCAAAAAGGCAAGGGACAAUAUUUUGCCAAUUUAGAAGAUGUUCUUAUGGCUUAUGAACAAAAAUUAAUAGACUUACAUGCUUUUAUUUGGGUUCGAUUUGAAGGAUUGGUAGAAAAUGCUCAUGAUGAUGUAUUAAUUAAAUCUCAAACAAAUGAGAAUGGACAAACCACAUCUAUUUUUAUAGACAAAAUAAUCAAGAAAGAUGCAAAUAAAAAUCUCCUUGUUCAAUAUAUUAGAACAACAGCUGGUCGUAUUUUAUUUAAUAAAGUAAUACAAGAUUCUAUAGUUAGAUAA